AUGCCCGGUGAUGACAAGCCAUCAUCGGUCGACACCUUGAGAGCGCAUCAGCAGGCGGUUCAGAAGGCGUCUUCUGUCAUUCUCAUCGGAGGCGGCGCGGUGGGCGUCCAGAUGGCUACGGAUCUUAAGGAAAUUUACCCGGAGAAGGAGGUGAUUCUUGUGCAUUCACGAGAGCAUCUCAUGCCUCUUUACCACACCAAGUUGGAUGAGAUUAUCAAGGCUCGAUUCGAGGAGUUGGGAAUCAAGUUGAUCACCGGCUCCCGUGCUGUGAUUCCUCCUGGCGGUCUUGCCUCCCAGACUUUAGUCAAGCUGCAAGAUGGUCGUGAACUCUCAGCGGAUCUUAUCAUCCCCGCAACGGGGCAAACACCUAACAACCAGUUCCUCCAGGAUCUCAAGCAGACUGGCGACACCCUUCUUGUAAACCCUGCGAACGGCUUCAUCGAAGUGCGACCAACACUGCAAUUCCAAGACCCAGCAUACCCGCACAUGUUUGCUGCUGGUGAUAUUGCCGACUCUGGUGCGCACAAGGCUGCUCGGCCUGGCGCCGGACAAGCGAAGGUAGUCGCUCAGAACAUUCUGGCUAUGAUCAACGGCCAAGAGCCGACAGAGCACAUUAAAAAGAACUUUGUGUUCAGAAACCCCGAUGUUGCAGCUGGACAGACUGAGCCAGCAGUCGUGCCGCGAGAAGAGGGAACAGCAGACAUGAACAUUGAGGGCGUGUGGGAGCGAAGAGGUGUCCGUGUCACCGACCCCGGAGAGUAUCAUCUGUAA